AUGAUUAUUGAGGAAAAGUUGACAAAAGCUAAGGAAAAGUUUAAUAAUCGCCUGAGAAGUGGAAGAAUGGGUCAGAGUUUAGAGAAACCAAAGACUGAGAAACAGACGGACGAGGGGUCGGGUAAUGGCCUGAAGUAUGGGUUCAGUUCAAUGCAAGGCUGGCGGCUGAAGAUGGAGGACAGACACUGUGUUCAGGUAGGACUGGAACAGCUCAAGGACUGGAGCUUCUUCGCCGUGUUUGACGGCCACGCGGGCGCCAAAGUGGCCGGAAUUUGCGCAGAAAAACUGUUGAACACAAUCACGCAAUCGAAACACUUCCAGAAGAAUGUGUCCGAACUGAACGACACGCUGUCCACGACUCAGAUCGACUCUGUGGUCACUUCUAUUAAGGAUGGCUUCUUAGACUUGGACGAGAAGAUGAAGACCUCGUACCCAGACUUGAUGUCCGGAGAGGACAAGAGCGGCACGACUGCCAUCUGUGCCCUCAUAUCAAAGAGCCAUCUGUUUAUCGCCAAUUUGGGUGACUCGCGGGCCGUCCUCUGCCGCUCGGGUGCCGUCUAUUUUUCGACCGAAGACCACAAACCGAAUAAUCCAGAAGAGAGACAACGGAUAGUAGAGGCCGGCGGUAAUGUCAUGAUCUCGCGAGUGAACGGAUCUCUAGCUGUUUCGCGAGCGUUGGGUGACUAUGAAUAUAAACAGGUGGCCAAUAAGCCCUCCACAGAACAACUGGUCUCUCCCUUACCGGAAGUCACUGUUAAAUCCAAGAACAAGACCGACGAGUUCUUAGUGCUGGCCUGCGAUGGCAUAUGGGAUGUGAUGACAAACGAGGACUUGUAUUCGUACGUCAGAUACCAAUUGGCGAUCGAAGAAAAUCUGGGAACCAUUUGUUCCAAUGUUAUCGACACAUGUCUUCAUAAGGGGAGUAAAGAUAACAUGAGUUUGUUUUUGGUGACGUUCGCGGGCGCGCCCGCAGUCACCGCAGAUGCCAAGGCCAGGGACCAGAAGCUGGACCAUCAGAUUGUGGCCAAAGUGGAGGAAUUGGUCGGUAAGAACAACGAUGAGUACAGUUUCUCGGACCUAAUGGACGACUUGACUGUCAUGGAGUGGAAGGAUUUGCCGCCCGGCGGCGGACUUCAGGCCAAACAUCAGGUCAUUGAAGAGACUUUUAAGAAAUUAUCCAAAUAUUCAAAUUCAGACUCAGAGACGAGAGAAACGAGUGCUUUAAGUGAUAAGACCAGCAAUUAA